GUCGCGAUGCUGUGAUGGCUAGUAGAGCGCGCCCCUCAAGCACGGACCUGCCUUUGCCGAGCGCCAAGCGGUCGAAGCUUAGCAGCAGCGCAGCCACACCAUCACCAGCCGUCGCCGAGUCCUCACCCUCAAGCUGCACCAGUCCCGACACCACCGUAGUAGAGUGUACUCAGGUGUGCGACACCGCGAGCCAACAGCAGCAAGUAGAAAAGACCCCGGGCAGUCUGUUGCUCGAAGCCUCCGAGGAGCUGCCGGCCUCGGACGAGUCCUUUGGCGACGACGACGCUGCCAACAAGGCGUCGUCCCCCGGCACAACAGCGAGGACGGAAGGUGGGGUUAACCAGCCACAAGCUUGUGAGAUGGGCAAGGAGGGCGUCGCACCAUUGGCCUGCGUCAGUCAGAUAAGCGACAACCCACCGUACCACGAGUUGUCCAAGAUCGGCGAUGGAGCCUACGGCAAAGUCUUCAGGGCGAAGAACCGCGUCAACGGCCAAGUCGUGGCUCUUAAGCGAGUCCCCGUGCCGGUGUCCAGGGAGGGCAUGCCACCCUGGAUCAUACGGGAGAUCUCGACCCUGAGGAAGCUCAACGAGUUCCAGCAUCCGCAUGUGGUGAGGCUGCUCGACGUGUGCCAGGGCAACUUCAUGGAAACCAUCUCUUCGGACGCAGGCUCGAAACCGUUGAACGGCAGGUUAUCGAUGUGGCUGGUGUUCGAGCAUAUCGAGCAGGAUCUCGCGUCGUUCAUCAGCGCCUGCAAAUCGCGGGGCGGCUGCUCACUCGACACUGUCAAACACUUGUCCCAGGAGAUUCUCAUGGGAGUGGACUUUCUGCACAUGCAGCGGGUCAUACACAGGGACAUAAAGCCGCAAAAUUUGCUGGUCACGAGGGACGGUCACAUUAAAAUCGCUGACUUUGGUCUGGCCAAGGAUUACGACUUUGAGAUGAAAUUGACUUCCCUUGUCGUUACACUCUGGUAUCGAGCGCCAGAAGUGCUUUUAAGUUGUUCGUACGCCAGUCCGAUUGACAUAUGGUCCGUUGGCUGUGUCAUUGCUGAACUGUGCGAAAUGAGGCCACUUUUUCCCGGUACCAGCGAGACGAAUCAAUUGGACGCGAUUUUCAAAAUCCUUGGAAAACCAGCUAGAGAAGAGUGGCCGGAUAACGUGUCCCUGACUUGGGAUGCAAUUCCAAACAGACUGCCAAGGCCUUUAGAAGCGGUGAUUGCGAACUUGGACGAAUCAGGAUUAGAUCUCAUUAAACAAAUGUUGACCUUUAAUCCGCACAAACGUGUGACCGCAAGCAAAGCUCUGGAACAUCGUUUCUUCGAUGAAAACAAAAGCUCUUGAUGAUCUUUGGUCGAGUCAUGUCCAUCAAUUUGAAAUGAAUGUAACUCUUUAUUUUCUUCACUACUAUUCAAUCACCUACUUGUACAAAACUUUAUCAUUUAAUUACGCUUACGUUUGCGCUACGUCCGUAGCAAGAAAUUUUUCAAUGAAAUUGUUGGAAAAUUUUUGUUGUAGUAUUCAACCGUAUAAUAUGAAAUGUGUGUGUAAGUGUACAAUGAUAACUUAAUUUUCAUGUAUACAGAGUCUAUUAAUAGGACUAGUAGUUUAAAUAUCGUAGGAUUAGUGAGGUAAAAAAAAAAUUUGUUUAUAUGAGAAGUUUUUGUUACGAAAGUAUUUGUACUGAUAUUUAAUUCCAAUUUUGUAUUUUGGCGUCCUUUUAACAAUCAAUAAUAUUGUACAAGAGUACGAAUAUUUUUAUUCAAGCACAACAUAGUGAUGUAAUUUGUAAAGUCUAGGUAUGUGUAUUUCAUCAUUUUGUUAUGAUAAUUACGUAUAAAUUUAAGUCCAAGCGUUUUUACCCUAAAAUAGGAGUUAAGGAUCAUUAUAAGUUAUGUAAAGAUGAUUUUGCAUUAGAAAACCAGUUGCCACUGCCGUAAUUACAAAAACUAAGCGUUAUUGAGCAUACGCAUAUAGUUUAUGUACUAUUUAUUAUUAUUAUUAUUAUUAUUAUUAUUAUUAUUAUGUAUUUUAAGUGUUAAAUGUUAAGUGUCUUAUAUUGUAUUGUGUAUGCAAUCAUUGCGGAUGCUCCGAUGUAUCUUGUGCACCACUUUUUUUAAGACCACGUAUUAUAAGUAUCUAUGAGUGAAAUAAAUAUUUUGUACUUUCAUAUAAGAAACAAGACUUUCUUUGACAUUUGCAUUUAGAAAGCAAAGUAUCUCGCACAAAAACGAUUCUUUUGUAAGUAUCAUGUAGAAAAAUAAUUCAAGAAAAAAAUAGUUACUAAAAAAUUGUAAUCAAUUGAAUAUACUUUUAAGUACACUUAUAACAUAAAAGACUUUGGUUUGUUCAAGCCUCAUCAAGC